AUGAAGAUGGAGCUGCCAGGCAGGAGAAAAAGAGGAAGACCUCAGAGGAGGUUCAUGGAUGUAGUGACAGAUGAGGAUGCUGGGACAGGAGGUGCUAAAGUCAAAGCUGCGAUGUUUUCAGGAGUCUCCAGAUUUGACCGAGUGAGGGAGAUGCCACUCUAUGACCAGGUCCCAGCGGAUUCCCUGUAUGGGGACCUUGCGAUACCUCCACCUCCACAACUCCUGCAUGGGACAGUGCCAGCUGUCAGCUUAGACUCCCUGCCCCCUCCCCCUCUACCUGAACAGCCACCUGUUGGACCUGAAGCUUUCUAUCCCCCCAGCAAUGACGACCCAAUGGACGAAGACCGUGACGCUAUGGACAUUAAGCCAGUUCGCCGCUUCAUCCCUGACUCUGUCAAGAACUUUUUCCGUGGCAACAGCAGUAACCGUGGUAGCAAGGGUGGGUCUGGCCCUGAUUCCCCUGCUCCUUCAUCCAAAAAGAGUGCUAAGUGCCACACCACAUCAGGAGUCCCCUGCUCACCGCCUCACUCUGCCCCUCCAUCUCCCUCCCUUCCAGGCUCCUGUCGAGACCGCUAUGGUGGCUCUGGAGGCAGCUACACAUCUCAAAAGGUCCGAGAUGGACUGCUGCUCGGUGCCGAAGCAUUUGACUCUGCAUCUGCAGUGCCCACCAAUGUCUCAGUUCAGACGUACCAGGAGCGGGUGGAAGAAUAUCAUGCGCGCUACGCCUACAUGAAGUCAUGGGCUGGCUUGCUAAGGAUCCUGGGGGGUGUGCAGCUGCUGCUUGGAGCUGCAGUGUUUGCCUGUGUCUGCGCUUACGUUCAUAAGGACAACGAGUGGUUCAAUAUGUAUGGAUACUCUGGGCCGCAGCUGUAUGGAGGGCUUGGUGGAGGUGCUGCUGCAUAUGGGUCUGGGGGUUAUUUAUACACAGGACCCAAGACGCCUUUUGUUCUGGUUGUGGCUGGCCUUGCAUGGAUAGUGACAGUUAUUCUGGUUGUUCUUGGCAUGACCCUGUACUACAGAGCCAUCCUUCUGGAUUCCUCAUGGUGGCCUCUAACAGAGUGUUCCAUAAAUCUGGUGCUGGGUGUGCUCUAUUUAGCCGCAGGGUUGGUGUAUGUGAAUGACACAACUCGAGGGGGGCUGUGCUACUCGCCAGUCUUCAAUAAUGGAGUGAACGGUGCAUUCUGUCGCACCGAGUCCGGCCAGACAGCAGCCAUUGUCUUCAUCUUCAUCACCAUGGUGCUCUACUUUAUUAGUGCAGCGGUGUGUGUGAAGCUGUGGAGACAUGAAGCAGCCAGGAUGAGGAAAGAGGGGCUGGCACAGGAGAUAAGAACCAUUGGCUCAUCUGUCCCACUCUCUAUACUUGGUCCAUCCUCCAGGGUGUCGGAGCAGACCCCUCUCCCCACCAUUCAGCCAGACAUCAUGGAUGCUCCCAACCACUUAAAAGCUGCUCCUCUCAUGGCACCAGAGCCAGAGAUCCUCCGAGGUCACAUACCAGCCGGACACAUCCCCAAACCUGUUGUUAUAGCCGACUAUGUGGCGAAGUAUCCCAGCAUUUACACAGAUGAGGAGAGGGACCAGUACAAGGCUGUGUUCAAUGACCAGUAUGCUGAGUACAAAGAACUGCAUGCUGAGGUCCAGGCCAUGGCCAAGAAGUUCGAAGAGAUGGAUGAAAUGAUGGCGAACCUUCCAUCCCGGCCCUCCAGCCAAAUGGAGAAGGAGCGGAUAAAUGGUAUUUUAAUGGAAUAUCAGAGGAAGAAAGCUGACCCAACAUAUUUGGAAAAAAGAGAGAGGUGUGAGUAUCUAAAGAACAAGCUCUCUCACAUCAAACAGAAGAUUCAAGAGUACAACAAGUCCUACUUGGUGUUUUCUUUUCCAUGUCUUGACAAUGACCACAACUCUUCUUCUCUCCUCUGUUCCAGCCACAGGCACAGUGAAGUCAUGUCCAACCCAGCAUUUUCCUAUUAUCCUGGAAAUAAGGUGCUUCACUUCUAUCGCUGGACUUCACCACCUGGUGUGAUGAAGAUAAUGUGCAUCAUCAUUAUCAUCAUGUGUGUGGCUGUGUUUGCCUGUGUGGCCUCCACACUGGCCUGGGAUUACGAAAUGAGUCUCAUGGGGGGCGGAACUGGUCUCCUGCCAGGCUCAUAUGGCAGUGGAUAUGGAACCGGUUAUGGGGGCUCUUAUGGGGGUGCGUAUGGUGGCUCAUAUGGUGGCGCAUAUGGUGGUUCCUAUUCCGGCUAUGGAGGAACACAAAUGGAUCCCAGAUCUGGCAAAGGCUUUAUCAUUGCCAUUUCUGCCAUUACCUUCAUAGCUGUGCUUAUUAUAUUCAUCAUGGUUGUGUCAAGGCAAGGUACUGCCCGUUCAUCAAAGUUCUACCUGGCAUCAAUCAUUAUCUGCGCCAUCUUGGCAUUCCUGAUGAUUAUUGCCACUAUUGUGUACCUGGUGGCGAUAAAUCCAACAGCACAGUCCACGGGGUCUAUGUACUACAACCAGGUAGUACAGAUGUGUGCCCAGUUCCAGAACCAGGUCCAGCCCCAGGGCCUCUUCUUAAACCAAUACCUUUACCAUUACUGCGUGGUGGAGCCCCAAGAGGCCAUCGCUGUGGUUAUGGGCUUUUUGGUGUUUGUUGCCCUCAUCAUCCUGCUUGUGUUUGCGGUCAAGACUCGCCAACAGAUCAGGCGCUGGGGCCCAGAACGCAUUCUCUGGGAGGAAGUCAAGGUUGUCAAUGUUGGUCACCACAACAGCGUUGGGGAGUGGGUGACCAACGUGUCUGGUGAUCCAGAGGUGUUUGUUAAUGACCAUAACGAUAAAGUUGGGGCCUCUAGAGACUAUUUAGACCAGCUGGACUACAACAAGCCUCUAUACCUACCAGGAGACUCUGACAUCAGCAGCUAUGUGGGAGGCCUGCAGCCCAGGCUGAGGGACUACGACACUGGUGUGGAAUCUGGGGAUGACCUAGAGGAAGAAGAUUUCAGUGUUUUGUUUCCCCCCAUUUUGGAUGAGCAAGAGCGUCUGGCCUACAAACAGGAGUUUGAUAGGGAUCACCAAGAAUACAAGAACCUACAGGCUGAGCUGGACGGCAUAAACCAGGACCUGGCCGACCUGGACCGAGAACUGGACCGACAUUCUGAUGGCAGUCCAGAGUUCAUGGAUGCCUUGAGUGACUAUAACAGGCUGAAGGACUUCAAGAAGUCAUCAGAGUACCAGAUUAAGAAGAAGAGGUGUAAAUAUCUCAGAUCCAAACUGUCGCACAUCAAGAGAAAGAUCAGUGAAUAUGACCGUCGACCCUGAACCUUCAACCCAAGACCCUGUCUAUGAACUGAACUCUCCAGUUUAUGAUGAACUCGUGUAUGAUUAUUAUAGUGAUGCUCUUGCCUAUGAAAUGCAUUUUUAUAAGCCAAUCAAGUA